AUGACAGCCCACAACGAUGACAACAGUAGCCACAGCCCGAAGCUGGAGGCGGGCGACGAGAAGGCCAGGAUCCCGGAGCAGGGCGUCCUGACAGACGUCCAGCCCGGGGAUGGUAGCUCCCUGAGGGACGGCGAGGACAUCCUUGCCCGACAGGAUCUCGACCCAGCCCUGAAUGCGAAGAUGCACCUCGUCAACAACGCAAUCGACGAAAUCGGCUGGACAAACUACCACUGGAAGCUUUUCGGGCUCAACGGCUUCGGCUAUGCUGUCGACUCGCUCGUCCUGCUGCUGCAGUCCAUCAUCGCCGCCCAGGCUUUCAUGGAAUUCGGCGAGGUCGGCUAUGCCCGCGCGCUUACAAUUGCCGUUUAUGUCGGGAUGCUGACCGGUGCUAUCUUCUGGGGCCUAUCUGCUGACAUUGUGGGCCGCCGGUAUGCCUUCAAUAUCUCGCUGUUCAUCUGCGCCGUGAGUACGCUUGUUGCUGGUGCGAUGCCGAAUUGGGGCUCGCUAGGGCUGUUCAUUGCGCUCGUGGGGUUUGGAGCGGGCGGAAAUCUGAUCCUGGAUACAACAGUGUUCCUGGAGUACUUGCCCUCCCAGAAACAAUGGGUGUUGACGUUUCUCGCGGCUUGGUGGGGAUUUGGGCAGGCUAUCACGGGUUUCAUUGCUUGGGGCUUCAUGGUACCUGAGAGAUGGAAUUGCACUUCUGUCGACACUUGCACCAGAGAAAACAACAUGGGAUGGAGAUAUACGAUGUUCACUUCCGGAGCGCUUGUCUUUGUCAUGUCAGUCCUACGCAUAACGGUGGUGCGACUGAAGGAGACUCCGAAGUAUCUGCUCGGUCUAGGGGAGGAUGCCCAAGUAGUCGAAACCCUUCAGUUUUUGGCUACGAGGUAUAACCGCCCAAUCUCAUUGACAGUGGAAAAGCUCGAGGCGUGCGGUGAAGUCAGGGGGACACACAGCAAAAACCGUUACUCGGUAAAUGAGUUCUCAACUCAUCUCAGGGGUCUAUUUGCGACAAGGAAAAUUGGCCUCUCCACCCUCUUGAUAUGGUUAUCAUGGACGCUGAUCGGACUCGUCUACCCGCUGUUCUAUGUCUUCCUUCCCACUUACCUUGCAACUCGAGGAGCCGAUUUCGAGGAGACCACCUACGAAACCUGGCGCAACUACGCCCUAGUCAACAUUUCAUCAAUCUUCGGCCCCAUGCUCGCAGGCUGGAUGUGCGACCUGCCCCUCCUCGGGCGGCGGUACACAAUGGUGAUCGGAGCUCUCAUGACGAUGGCCUUCUUCUUCGCCUACACGGCGGUGCGGUCCGCGGCCCAGAACGUCGGCUUCUCGUGCGCCAUCGGCUUCUGCCUCAACAUCUACUACGGCACUCUGUACGCCUACACCCCCGAGGUCCUGCCCAGCGCGCAUCGCGCCACCGGUAAUGGCGUCGCGGUCGCGUGUGCCAGAGUCAUGGGCAUCCUCAGUGCGGUUAUUGCCACUUUUGCGGACACCAGCACGCCUGUGCCUAUCUACCUGUGUGCGGCUCUGUUCAUAGCCAUGGCAGUCGUUAGUGCCUUCUUCCCAUUCGAGCCGUAUGGGAAGAGGAGCUCGUAA